AUGGCCGAACGCAAGGACCCCACGUGGUUCCAGACCUCGUCACUGCGAGUCAUUCCAAACCACCUUGUUUCCAAGAAAAAACCAGGCUUCCAAAUCUCUGCUGUAGCCAACAGCAAGAAGGAUUCCAAAUCGACGUCUGGAUCGUCUGGGUCGUCAUCUGGCGGGUUCAACGCCACAGACUUCAACGUCAUCACAUUUGGAAAUAGACCACAUAGAGCCAGCUCGGCCAGCUACGCAGACACACUGUUGUUCCUUCAGGACGCAGACAACACUACCGUCAACUACGACAAUGACGAUAUUCCGUUGUACAAUAACAGCGAUGACGUGCCUCCAUCACGCUCUAUGUACGACUUAAACGAUGAGGUCUUCAUGUCAUUGAACAAGCCAUCUCAGCACACAGAGUCCUUCAUCAAUAAGGAUCCAAAGACUUUUAACAAUUUGUUCGCCAAGGCCGACGAUAAGUCCAAUACUGCAGCCGACACCGAUUCCAAGAUCUUGAAAAACCCUUUACUGAACAGCGAGCUGGCCAUCUUGGUGUUUGGGUACCCAGAACUGAUGGCAAACCAGGUGAUUGCAAGAUUUGCUGAAUUUGGUUCGAUUUUGGAGGAUUUCGAGGCGGCCAGAUCAUCUAAAAACUCCUCAGAAGGGCUCCUAGGCAUGAUUCAGGCCACGGGAGCGUUUCCUUCGGCAGCCCAGGACACUGUAGUGGAGCAUGGGCCCCCUCCUCCUAUUUUCAGUGGUAAAUCUUGGGUGAAGUUGACCUACGAUAAUCCUUCGUCCGCAAUCGACGCCUUGCAAGAGUCAGGAAGCGUAUUCAACGGGUGUUUGAUCGGUGUGGUGCCAUACACAAGAGAUGCAGUUGAAAAGCUACAGAGAAGAAAAUUGACUUCAGUAGAGGACAUUGGAGGCGGCCUUCCAUCGUUGGUCCACUCCGAAUCCAGUAAGGUCGACAAUGGCGUCAUUGGCGACUCCAACGACAUGCAAGCAUCCUACAUUAAACGUCUUGACAUCAAGGACGGGUCGGAGCUCUUCUUGAAAGCCAAUUCUAUCAAUGGAGAUCCCUCUAAGGGCUCAGCAAAGAAAUCCGAUGAGAAAUUAGGAGUUUGGGGCACCAUCUCCAACUACUUUUUUGGGUUUCACGAUUUGUAA